AGCUCUUAGGGAGCUGGACAGGGCUGGGUGUACCUGGUGAUGUUGGAAGGGGGUUGCAGGACCCCUCCAAAGAAAGACACAAAGAGAUCCCAGACCCCAGACCCAGGAGCAUGAGGCUUGAGGGAGGAGAGACAGCUGGUCAGCUGCGUGGGGCCCUGCUGCCCACACCCAACGCCAGUGGGCUGAACCGGGAGUCAGAAGGCUACUGGCCGGAGAUUCCAGAGCGGUCCCCGUGCGUGGCUGGCGUUGCCCCUGUCAUCUACUACAGCAUCCUGCUGGGCCUGGGGCUGCCUGUCAACCUCUUGACCUCCGUGGCCCUGGCCCGCCUGGCCACCAGGACCAGAAAGCCUUCCUACUACUACCUUGUGGCGCUCACGACCUCAGACAUAGUCACGCAGGUGGUCAUCGUGUUCAUGGGCUUCCUCCUGCAGGGGGCCGUGCUGGCCCGGGAGGUGCCCCAGGCUGUGGUGCGCACAGCCAACAUCCUAGAGUUCGCUGCCAACCAUGCCUCUGUGUGGAUCGCCGUCCUGCUCACGGUGGACCGUUACCACGCCCUUUGCCACCCUCUGCACCACCGGGCUGCCUCUUCCCCGGGUCGGACCCGCAGGGCCAUCGCCAUCGUCCUGGGUGCCGCCCUGCUGACUGGCAUCCCUUUCUACUGGUGGCUGGACAUGUGGAAGGACGCCGACCCUCCCAGCACACUGGACGAGGUGCUCAAGUGGGCUCACUGCUUCACCGUCUACUUUGUCCCCUGCGGCAUCUUCCUGGUCACCAACUCGGCCAUCGUCUGCCGGCUGCGCAAGUGGGGUCGUGACAGGCCGCAUCCUCGGGUGGGCAAAGGCACAGCCAUCCUCCUGGGUGUCACCACACUCUUCACCCUGCUGUGGGCACCCCGCAUCAUCGUCAUGCUCUACCACCUGUACGUGGCCCCCGUCCACCGGGACUGGAGGGUCCACUUGGCCCUGGAUGUGGCCAACAUGGUGGCCAUGCUCAACACCACGGUCAACUUUGGCCUCUACUGCUUGGUCAGCAAGGCUUUUCGGGCCACUGUCCGGGAUAUCGUCCGUGACGCCUGUCUGCCCUGUACACGGGGUGCCCAGCCAGACAGAGUGGGAGUGGAGCCUGUGCUGAAACUUCCCGAACUUUCCAAAGGAGUGGAACUGUAGAGAGGAGGGACCCAGCCGGGGAGCUUGGAGCAGCUCAGGGCUGACUGCAUGGGUGCCCACAGAACUAUCACACCCUACUUUGCAGCCUGAGGAUGGGGAGAGACUCCUUUGUGGGGCUGGGUCCUUGGGUCCUGGGCUUUCUAGUUUGAUUCCCCUUAACUCCCUGCCCUGAUGUUCAGGGACCCAGCACGACCACGGAACUGAAGUUUUCAUUGUUGCCUGGAUGAGAAAGGAAAUGGCCUCUCUGAGCCCAAGGGCGGGCGGGGAGGGGGAGAGGGAGG